GGUCUCCGCUUCUUCGCUCCGCACUGAGCGCUAUAAAAGCUUCGGGGUGACGAAAGAAACAGUUUUUUCAGACAUAGAGAAGACAAGAAGCAUAACGGUAGAGGAGUACAUUUUAUUCACUAUUCCUGACUUGUUCUGGGGAUUCACUUUAUGAAAAGAGAAAGAGUGGAUAUUCACAGCGUUCAGGCUCAAGGUUGCGAGGUCCCAGAGCGUGCUCAGUGAGGUUGGGAAGACAGCAACAUGUCAGUCUCCACUCAACUGGGUUUACUGCUUUGGAAGAACUUCACCUACCGACGGAGACAGACUAUCCAGCUGCUGAUUGAGAUUGUCUGGCCUCUGUUCAUCUUUCUCAUCCUGUUCUCGGUCCGAACACAUUUUCCACCCUACGAGCAACAUGAAUGCCAUUUCCCUAACAAGGCCAUGCCCUCAGCGGGUACCUUGCCCUGGAUACAAGGCAUCAUUUGCAAUGCCAACAACCCCUGCUUCCGCAAUCCUACCCCUGGAGAGAGUCCUGGGGUGGUGGGAAACUUCAACGAUUCAAUAAUUUCUCGUCUGCUCAUUGAUGCCAAGAAGAUCCUGCUGUACUCUCAGAAUGAUAAGAGCUAUGAGGGUUACAGGGGACUGCUGAGGGCCCUCAGGAAGCUGCAGAAGAACACUGCUCGUUUCAAGCUGAAGGACUUUUUGAAAGACAAUGAGACUCUCUCCCAUUUCCUGCAUCACAAUGCUUCACUUCCUCAUCAUGCGCUGAAGCAGAUACUGGAGGCUGAUGUCAAUCUGGAGAAGGUGCUGACCAAAGGUUUUGGCUUCCAUCUCAGAGACCUCUGUAACACCACACCGCUGGAGGAGUUUGUCCACAUUGCUGAUCGUAAUGUCUCCCAUAUGACUCAAGAAAUUAUCUGCAAUUCCUCCAGUGACUGGCUGAACAAGGCCCAGAGCCACUUCCUGUCUAACCUGGACUUCUUCAAACCCAUUUGGGAUGUGAGUACGGACCCCAAAAUCAUUCAGGAUGUAUCAGCUGCUACAGACAAUCUUCUGGAGAGCCUCGGAGCGCUGGCCGUAGAGCUUUCCAGUAUGAAGAGUUGGAAGGAAAUGCGAAAGGAGAUCCUGUAUCUAACUGCAAAUGCCACAGGGUCUCCAAAACAGACGUACCAGGCUGUGUCACGUAUUGUCUGCGGACACCCUGAGGGAGGCGGCCUCAAAAUCAAGUCUCUUAACUGGUAUGAAGACAACAACUACAAGAACUUGUUUGGAAAUAACGGUAACAACAGUGACAGUGAACCCAUCUCCACUUACGACAACUCUUCCACUCCUUAUUGUAACAGCUUGAUGCAGAAUCUAGAGUCCAGCCCCAUUUCUAGAAUGAUCUGGAGAGCCCUAAAGCCUCUGCUUGUGGGGAAGAUCCUGUACACCCCAGAUACCCCGGCAACACAGAGGAUCAUUCAUGAGGUGAAUAAGACCUUCCAGGAGCUGGGCGUGCUAAGGGACCUUGGAGGGAUGUGGGAGGAAUUAAAGCCUAAAAUUUGGAACUUCAUGGAGAAUAGUGAGGAAAUGGACUUGGUUAGGACCCUUCUCCAGAAUAGUGCCAGCGCUGCAUUCCUUAAUGCCCAGCUCAGUGAGACUGAGUGGCGCGUGUCUGAUGUGUCGAACUUCCUUUCCAAGGCCUCGGAGGGCCGCAGGCCUACAGCAUUCAACUACACUUGGAUGAAUGUCUUCGACGAAGCUGACCAGGCUAUACAGACCAUUUCUCGCUUCAUGGAGUGUGUGAACCUGGACAAACUGGAGCCAGUAGCUAAUGAGGAACGGUUGGUCAACAAGUCCAUGGGUCUUCUAGACAACCAGAAGUUCUGGGCAGGAAUCGUGUUCCCUCAUAUUUCCCGCAGCAACAGCACUGACCUACCUCCUAAUGUUGACUACAAGAUCCGCAUGGACAUUGAUAAUGUGGAGAGGACAAACAAGAUUAGAGAUGGCUACUGGGACCCUGGUCCCAGGGCAGACCCCUUCGAGGACCUUCGGUACAUCUGGGGUGGAUUUUCCUAUCUGCAGGAUGUCAUUGAGCAGGGAAUCAUCAGAGCUGUCACUGGCACCAAGGAAAGGACAGGCAUCUACAUUCAGCAGAUGCCGUACCCCUGCUAUGUCGAUGACAUUUUCCUGCGUGUAAUGAGUCGGUCGAUGCCACUCUUCAUGACCUUGGCGUGGCUGUACUCAGUAGCCAUCAUCAUCAAGGGAGUUGUGUAUGAAAAAGAGGCACGGCUCAAGGAAACCAUGAGGAUCAUGGGACUGAACAAUGGCAUCCUGUGGCUCAGUUGGUUCAUCAGCAGUUUGAUACCCAUACUCAUCAGCGCUGGUUUGCUGGUGAUGUUACUGAAGAUGGGCAACCUGCUGCCUUACAGCGACUCAGGAGUGGUGUUUUUUUUCCUAAGCUCAUUUGGCAUAGUAACCAUAAUGCAGUGUUUCCUCAUCAGCACACUGUUUUCUCGUGCCAACCUGGCUGCUGCCUGCGGUGGAAUCAUCUAUUUCAUUCUCUACCUGCCCUAUGUGCUGUGUGUCGCCUGGCAGGACUACGUGGGCUUUGCAGCAAAAUUUGUAGUGAGUCUCCUGUCUCCUGUUGCUUUUGGUUUUGGCUGUGAGUACCUUGCCCUGUUUGAGGAGCAAGGGGUGGGCAUCCAGUGGUCGAAUUUGCUGACUAGUCCUCUGGAGGAAGACAGCUACAACCUUACCACAUCUAUCUGCCUCAUGCUGUUUGAUGCUGUGCUGUAUGGAAUAAUGACAUGGUACUUUGAAGCUGUGUUUCCUGGCCAGUAUGGGAUCCCCAGGCCCUGGUACUUCCCUUUCACUAAGACAUACUGGUGUGGAGAGGAAGAGAACAAGAACAUUUCUUCUUCUCUGUCAAAUAAGGACAAUGCUGAAGCAGUGUGCAUUGAGGAAGAGCCAAGCCAUAUCGAUCCAGGUGUUUAUAUUGAGAACUUGGUGAAGAUCUACAGCAACGGAAACAAACUGGCUGUAGAUGGACUGAGCCUGAGGUUCUAUGAAGGACAGAUUACCUCCUUCCUCGGACACAAUGGAGCUGGCAAGACCACAACUAUGUCGAUCCUGACGGGGUUGUUCCCACCCACCUCUGGUACAGCCUACAUCCUCGGCAAGGAUAUCCGCACCGAACUCAGCACCAUCCGGCAGAACCUGGGCGUCUGCCCCCAGCACAAUGUCCUUUUCAGCAUGUUGACGGUUGAGGAACACAUCUGGUUCUAUGCUCGUCUGAAGGGGCUGCCAAAGGAGAAGGUGAAGGCUGAAAUGGAGCAGAUUGUGAAUGAUGUUGGACUGCCUCACAAACGACAGUCCCGCACCAGCACGCUGUCUGGUGGGAUGCAGAGGAAGCUGUCAGUGGCCUUGGCUUUUGUUGGAGGCUCAAAAGUUGUGAUCCUGGAUGAACCUACUGCUGGGGUUGAUCCUUAUGCACGCAGGGGCAUCUGGGACCUGCUGCUUAAAUACAGACAAGGCCGUACCAUCAUCCUGUCCACUCAUCAUAUGGACGAGGCUGACAUCCUGGGUGACCGCAUCGCCAUCAUUUCCCACGGCAGGCUGUGCUGCGUAGGCUCCUCACUCUUCCUGAAGACUCAUCUGGGCACAGGCUACUAUCUGACCCUGGUCAAGAGGGACUAUGACUUAACCCUUCAGUCCUGCAGGAAUUCUGCUAGCACCGUCUCCUACAGCAAGAAAACAGAAAAGGAGGAUAGCGUAUCAGAGAGCAGUUCAGAUGCUGGUCUGGGCAGUGAACCAGACAGUGAAACCACCACUAUUGAUGUCUCCCUUAUCUCUAAGGUGAUUUUCAAGCAUGUCACCGAGGCUCGCCUAGUGGAGGAUCUCGGACAUGAGCUUACGUACAUCUUGCCCUACCAGUCUGCUAAAAACGGAGCCUUUGUAGAACUCUUCCAUGAGCUGGAUGACCGACUCACCACCCUGGGAAUAUCCAGCUAUGGCAUAUCUGAUACAACCCUGGAAGAAAUUUUCUUGAAAGUGGCUAAGGACACUGGAGUGGAUUCUGUUGAGCUUUCAGAUGGAGUCAUACCAACCAGGACCCGUCGCCGUCAUGCAUUUGGAGAUCACCAGAGCUGCCUGAAGCCUUUCACUGAAGAUGACUUUGAUUUAAACGACUCUGAAGGUGACCCAGAAUCCCGUGAGACCGACUGGCUCAGUGGAACAGAUGGCAAAGGUUCAUACCAGGUUAAAGGCUGGAGUCUGAAGAGACAACAGUUUGUUGCACUACUCUGGAAAAGAUUUCUUUAUGCUCGGCGCUCCAGGAAAGGCUUCUUUGCUCAGAUUGUCCUCCCAGCAGUGUUUGUAUGUAUUGCCCUGGUGUUUAGCCUGAUUGUGCCUCCAUUUGGAAAGCACCAAAGUCUGGCACUGGAUCCCAGCAUGUAUGGAGAACAGUACACCUUCAUCAGUAAUGACAUACCUGAGGAUCCUUACACCAAUAAACUACUGGCAGCUCUGACCGAAAAACCAGGAUUCGGAACACGUUGCAUGAAAGGAGAACCCAUAGAGAACGCUCCCUGCACCGCAGUGGAGGAUGAGUGGAGGGUCCCGCAGGUCUCCCAGAGUGUGAAGGACCUGUUUGACAAAGGGAACUGGAGCAUGGCGAAUCCCUCUCCCAUGUGUGAGUGCAGCUGUGAAGGGCGCAAGAAGAUGCUGCCGGAGUGUCCGCCAGGUGCUGGAGGACUUCCACCACCACAGAUGAAGAUCAGCGAGAAAGAGACACUUCAGAAUUUAACUGGCAGAAAUGUCUCAGACUAUCUGGUUAAAACCUACGCUCAGAUUAUUGGCAAGAGCCUGAAGAACCAGGUCUGGGUCAACGAGUUCAGAUAUGGUGGAUUCUCACUGGGUGCCAGGAGUUCUCAGCUUCUGUCCCACAGAGAUGAAAUUGAUGAUGCGAUCGCUCAGCUGAGGAUGCGCUUCCGUCUGGAGAGAGGAACUGCAUCAGACCGUUUCUUUCGCAGUCUGUCCAGUUUUAUGAAAGGACUGGACACCAAGAAUAACGUCAAGAUCUGGUUUAACAACAAGGGCUGGCACAGCAUUGGCUCUUUCCUAAAUGUGAUGAACAACGGUAUCCUGCGGGCAAGUCUGCCAGCCGGCAAAGACCCCACAAAGUUCGGUAUCACUGCCUACAAUCACCCUCUCAACCUCACCAAGGAGCAGCUGUCACAGGUUGCACUGAUGACAACAUCAGUGGAUGUGUUGGUGUCCAUCUGCGUGAUCUUCGCUAUGUCCUUUGUACCUGCCAGUUUUGUGGUUUUCCUCAUCCAGGAGAGAGUGAACAAGGCCAAACACAUGCAGUUCAUCAGCGGAGUGCAGCCCUUCCUUUACUGGCUGGCUAACUUUGUCUGGGAUAUGUGUAACUACAUCGUCCCGGCCACACUGGUUAUCAUAAUCUUUGUGUGUUUCCAACAAGAAGCCUACGUCUCUUCCACCAACCUGCCUGUGCUGGCCCUGCUACUGCUGCUCUAUGGAUGGUCUAUCACCCCACUGAUGUACCCAGCCUCGUUCUUCUUUAAGAUCCCCAGCACAGCCUACGUGGUUCUGACCAGCAUUAAUAUACUUAUUGGAAUCAAUGGCAGCGUCUCCACAUUUGUACUGGAGAUCUUUGGAAGCAAUGAGGUCGGUGGUGUCAAUGACAUCCUGAAGAACGUGUUCCUUAUAUUCCCUCACUUCUGUUUGGGCAGAGGAUUGAUUGACAUGGUGAAGAAUCAGGCAAUGGCUGAUGCUUUGGAGAGAUUUGGUGAAAACAGGUUCCGCUCCCCUCUGGCUUGGGACAUGGUGGGAAAGAAUCUGUUCGCAAUGGCCAUUGAGGGCAUUAUCUUCUUCUGUAUCACCGUCCUCAUUCAGUAUCGCUUCUUCUUCAAGGCCAGCUCAUCCACCAGUCAUCUGAAGCCUAUUGGAGAGGAAGAUGAAGAUGUGGCCCGAGAGCGACAGAGGAUCCUGAGUGGAAGAGGACAGACCGACAUCCUGGAGCUCCGACAGCUCACCAAGGUUUACAAGCGCAAGCAGAAGCCAGCGGUGGACCGGCUGUGUGUCGGCAUCCCCCCUGGAGAGUGCUUUGGUUUGCUGGGGGUGAAUGGAGCCGGGAAAACGAGCACCUUUAAAAUGCUGACAGGAGACUCUGUGGUCACGAGUGGAGAAGCCUACUUGGUUGGCAAAAGUGUGACUACAGAGAUAGAUGAAGUGCAUCAGAAUAUGGGAUACUGUCCUCAGUUUGACGCUAUCAACGACCUGCUGACUGGCAGAGAACAUCUCGAGUUCUACGCCAUCCUGAGAGGGGUGCCUGAGAAGGAAGUGUGUGAGGUGGCAGAGUGGGGAAUUCGGAAGCUGGGGUUGGUCAAAUAUGUGGACAAAGCGGCAGGCAGCUACAGCGGAGGAAACAUGAGGAAGCUGUCUACUGCCAUCGCUCUCAUAGGAGGACCACCCGUUGUGUUCCUGGAUGAACCGACAACAGGCAUGGACCCUAAGGCACGUCGUGCCUUGUGGAACACAAUCCUUGGCAUUAUCAAAGAGGGACGAUCUGUAGUCCUCACCUCUCACAGUAUGGAGGAGUGUGAAGCACUAUGCACUAGGAUGGCCAUCAUGGUCAAUGGCAGGUUCCGCUGUCUGGGCAGUGUGCAGCACCUCAAGAACAGGUUUGGACAUGGCUACACCAUCAUCCUACGGGUGGCGGGGCCAAACCCAGACCUUCGGCCAGUGAUGGAGUUCAUUAAGCGAGAACUGCCUAGCAGCACACUGAAGGAGAAACACCGCAACAUGCUGCAAUACCAGCUGCCCUCAUCCCUCACCUCCCUCGCCCGCAUCUUCUCCCUGCUCUCCAAGAAUAAAGAGGCACUCAGCAUAGAGGACUACUCUGUCUCUCAGACCACUCUAGACCAAGUGUUUGUAAAUUUUGCCAAGGACCAAAGUGACGAGGACCAUUUGAAAGAUGUCAGUCUGAACAAGCGGGACGCUGUGGUAGUGGACAUUUCCCAGCUAAAUUCCUUUCUCACGGACAACAAGACCAAGGAGAGUUGUGUCUGAUUCUUGACAUACCAUCAGUGGGAGAUGCUAUGCUUCACCCACCCUCCCCCAUGCCAGAAAAUAUGGACCACUAACCUGAGGGGAAGACAAACUGUUUAUUUUUUAAUUUCUAUUUUUUAGUCUUUUUAAUUAUCAUUUCUCAGUGGACCUGCCCAUCAGUGCACAGCCUCUUGAAAAGGCAGAGACAGCAGGUAUUGUGACAGACACUGAAGCAAUGAAAACUCAAUGCAAAUCAAUGCAAGAAACAUAGAAAUAUAUUUAAUUUAAGAUUUUCCUGUGAAGGUUGGAGACUGGUGCUUCUCCUUCACUAGACGGAUAGAAAGAAAGACGAGACUCAGAACACUUGACGGGACAGCAGGAUUUUCAAACUGUGUUAGUCAGCAGGCAAGGCAUCGGGGAUGAUAGAAAGAAAUAUCUGUAGUCUUUGAAUCCCCGUACCUAUAAAUAGUUCACAGUAGUCAAUGGGACUGUAUGUGUGCUACUCUGUAUUGUGAAAUCUCAAAUGCGCAAAACAAAAAAAGAAGUUCAGAUCAUUCACUGCCAACUGCUAGAGGAUGGACUGACUACUUUUUUAUGCAGGGUCAAACCUCUCUUGAUCUCAUGUUGUGACCAAGUGCAGUUGUUUUAUACCGCAAGUGAUGGUUCAAAAAAGCAUUUACAAUCUGAAUAGAGUCAGAAACGUACAAUCACACAACGAAUUCAUUUUUACUAAUUAGAUUUUUAAAAAUUUAAUUCUACUAGGCAAACAUUUAACCCCUUUUUAUCUUCUAUCCUUUUGUUUUUUAUAAUAAUUGAGAUUGCUAACCAAACGGUAUUUUUUUUAUUUGUUGUUCUUGGUCUCCUUGACAUUGUCCAGCACAGUGCCUCUAUACUAUAUAAUGGUGGAGAGAGAAAUGCGAGCACUUUGUUAUAAACAACAACAUACGUAGGCUGCCGAGGAAUGUAUGAAGCAGACACCGACAAUGCAUCAAAGCACAAAAAUGAGCGUUUUGUGAAGAUGAUCAGUGAAACAUGACUGUUUGUUAAAAAUUGUCCCUUGUCAAAAAAGAAAAAAAAAAAAAA